AUGGGACCUUUAACUCCGAGCUCCAGGGGUAACGUGUACAUCCUCAUCAUUCAAGAUUUGUAUACUAAAUGGAUAGAGAUACAGCCCUUAAGAAAAGCUACAGGUUUAACAAUAUCGACAGCGCUACAGGAUUUAGUCAUAAACCGUUGGGGAUCACCGAAAGUUCUGCUUACAGAUAACGGUACCGAAUUCAUUAACAAUAGCAUGAAAGCCCUAGCGUCAAAAAUAGGAUUUCGUCAUAUGACCACCCCACCUUAUCGACCUCAGGCCGAUCCUGUAGAGCGAGUAAAUCGCGUAGUACGAACCAUGAUAAUUGCGUUUAUAGAGAGAAGUCACCGGGAAUGGGACCUACACCUCCCAGAAUUUCGUUUUGCACACAACACAGCGUACUAUUCCUCGAUCCAAAGUACACCAGCUUUCCUUAACUUCGGACGCGAACCUACAACCGCGAUAUCCCUACGCCGAGAAUUAGAAAGAGAUAUGGACAUUGUCUAUCAAUCUUCUUUACUUUGGUCAAAACGGAUGCAACAGUUGAACGAAUUGCGUAAUAGUAUAGUCCACGCUCUAGACAGUGCUUUCCAGAAACAAUCACACUACUACAAUCGCAAGCGACGCGAUCAGCGAUAUGAAAUCGGCGACUUAGUAUGGAAAAAACAACGCGUAUUAUCGUCCGCAGACAGACAUUUUAUGGCAAAAUUAGCAGAUGCGUUUCACGGUCCAUUUAUUGUUACCAAACGCAUAUCAAAUGUAGUUUAUGUUCUAGAGGACCUACAAGAGCAAUCAAUGGGAAAGUUUUCAGUACAAGACCUAAAACCUUACCAUGCACCACUCCAAGGUGAUCCAGAUUAA